UAGGCUGAUGCCACAGCACUCACUCUAGCCUGGGCAACAAAGUGAGACUCUGUCUCAAAAAAAAAAAAUUUCCCCGCCUGAUGGGAGGAGACAAAAUUUUCAUUGGCCGGUGGGACAGUAGCACAAGAAUGAGGAAGUCAGAAGAAAGAAAAAGAGACCUAGAGAGACCCCAGUGCCACUGUCUGCUUGGACACAUGCCCGUUCCUGCCCCCUUCUGGAGUGUAAUAUUGCUUGCUAAUCUUUCUUGAUACUCUCCUCCAAGUCUGGAGGUAUACUUGCUUAAUAAAGUUCUUUCACUUUGCUUUGCUGCUUGGUUUCUAUUCCUUGUCUCCAAAUACAAGGACUGAGGACAAUCACUUGCCGGUAACACCCCCACUACUUGUAUAGAAAACACUGCAGUUGUAAAUCCAAUACUUGUGAUUCUAUGGAUAACUGCUGUUGUAAAUCUUAAGACUGGUUUUUGAGAUGUUUUUCAGACUCUGUAUCCUGGGGACCUACUGAUGCCAACAUGGACAGGUAUGGGAAGGGAUCUAACAGCCCUGAAAGCCCCUACCCAGGAAACCUCCCAACUAAGAAGAUAAUUUCUUCAUUCCAACUCUAUGAGUUCAUCUCCUGCCAGUUGGCAGACCCAAUUGCCCAGCUCUUGGUUUGCCAAACCAUCCUUAAAUGUCUUGGCCCCCAAAUUCUCAAGGAUAUGGAUUUGAGAAAUUACUCCCAUCUCUUUGCUUAGUGCCUUGCAAAACAAAACUCUUUUUCUGCUGCAACCCCUGCUGUCUCAUUAUAUUGGCCUUCACUGGCUGGUGAGCAAGGGACUCAGUUGAGCUGUAACACCACUCAGUAUAAAAUCCUGUUCCUUUUUGUCACUCCCUGGAAACAUAUGCUACUGGCUUGUGAACAGAGUAGUGUUUCCCUGCUUGUCAUAAUGACUGCUGCAAGUUAAGACCCCUUCACAAGAAAUGAAAUGAAACUUUCGUUUUUUUAAAAAAAUGUAAACUUUGGAUUUUUUUUUUUUUUAAUUAACACCACUGUCCAGCUGAAGACAAGCCACCUGCUUUCCUUUCCAUUCUUGUGGUGGGUCCUCCCUCCCUCUAUUUCUUCUGUGACUUGUCUCCUAAUCCUAUUAUUCUCUCAGUGGGCCAGCCUUCACCUGGCCCGCAUUCCUUACUGAUGUUGACCCAAAUAAGGGACUGAGGCAAAAAUCUCAAUCAAGAGAUUUAUUAAGCCAAACUGACAUACAGGGGAAAUACAAACCACAAGCCGACCUGUGGUUGUUUUUCCAAAGGGUAAUUUGAGAGCUUCAACAUUUAAAGGCAUACAGAGAGAAAGGAAAAGGAUAGGGGGUGCUGAUGAAGCAAAGGUUACAUUCUUGUGAGGCCCAGGGAACCUGCAUUUUACUUAAAAUAAGGGGAAUGUAAGAAAAAGGGAGUGAAGGAAGAAUCAAUUAUGCAGAUAUUCCUGGGUAGGUGAAAGAAUGUCUGAUUCUGUCUUGUCUCCAGUUCUGUAAAGAUAAACUUGUAAUUCAUUAUUAGCGUGUAUCACAACAGGCUUUGGUUUUCCGUGUUACACAUAGUUAUAAUUUGCAUGUCCUUGUUUAUGGGAGGUCAGCAGGUAAUUUCCUUAAUGAAUGAUCUGUGGGGCCUGUUCUUCACGGUGCCUGAGGCCUUCACCUUCUCUUUUGCAUAAGGAGUUGGGGGGAUUGCCCCUGAGAUUUUGAUUUUCUUUUACACCUGCCUGAGUCUCAUCUGACUUCACCCCUCAUCUCACCACACCACUGCCCUGCCUUCCUGCAAAUGCAUCUCAGCAGCAGGUGGUUAGUUUUCAAACUCCAGCUCCACUAGAAUAGGUAUUGAACCUCUCUGUGGCUCGUUUUCCCCAUUUAUAGUGAGGACAGAAGCCCUCUUGUGGGGGUUCCUUCAUUAAGUUAAGUGAUUUAAUACAUGAGAAGCUUAAUACGUUAGAAUACGAUGACGUAUACGAUAGUGUGCUAUGCACAGACGCGAGCUGAAUUACUACUCAGAGCCGGAGGAAAAGGCGCCCGAGAGAGGAUACUGGGCGGCGUUACGUACUAGGACAGGAAGGGCGGGAUCCAGAGCCUCAGAUCGUCUACUCUCCCCUUCUCCAGCCACAGUCCCUCCGCGGAAGGCCUGCGCCCACCGGCCCGCAGGUCCAGCGGGAGAGUUGGUAGAGGUACUAAAAGACCAGGGCCGCCAGAGCAUAGAGUACUCCGAGCCGCCUAGAGCGGACCUACAGAACCCUGGGAUUCGAUUGGCUGGUGAGCUGAAGGACAGGGCGGAAUUUCAGACCAACCGUUUCCGGUCGGAUGGGUCUGGUACUCCGACGCUGGAGUACUGGCGUUCGCUCUCCUUCUGCUCCGUGGCCCACCAGAGUGAGUCCCGGGCCGGAGCGGCGCUGGGGCGGGCGGGUAUGGUGCCUGGACUCGGAGGGGCCAAAGGACUCAGCCUCGCACUGCCCACCUUCUUGGGACAAGUUCAGAGACCUAGCGAUGGCUGUCAAGCAACUCCUUCCUGGCAGGCUCCAGGUCUUGGUUUCCUUCGAAGAUGUGGCUGUGUUCCUCUCCCAGGAGGAGUGGGGCCAUCUGGGGCCCACUCAGAGGGGCCUGUACAGGGAUGUGAUGCUAGAGACCUAUGAGAACCUGGUCUCACUAGCAGGACUUCGGGGUUCCAAACCUGAUGUUAUUUCCAGGCUGGAGCAGGGCAAAGAGCCAUGGACCCCACACUCACCGAGAAUUGCAGGGAGCUGGAGACACAAGAGUGAAGGUUAUGAUUCUGGGAUUGAAAAAAAGGAAUUGACUCCAAAGCAGGAUAUUUCUGAAGAAAUGGAAUCCCAGAAAGCAAAAUCAGAAGAACAUGAAAGGAAUAUUUCCAUGGAACCUGAAGAGAUGAAUAAAACUGAGGGACAGUUCGGGGAUUGCUGGAGAAAACCUGUAGUAGAAGGAUGUAAGAAAUCCUCCCAGAGGAACAAUUUCCAAACAGAGACCGUGAAACAGGUGAAAACCCCCACUGCAGAGAAGUGUCAGAAGUUCAUUGUUGUUGGGGAAAACUGCUCUACAGACUCACAUCCUUCAAGACAUGUUAGAGUAGCUAGAGAGGCAAGUCUCCAUCAGAGUGUUUCAUGUGUCAAACAGUUUCAGCAAAAUAAGAACAUCAUUAACCUCCAGAGUUUCCAUUUAGGAAGAAGAGCCUGUCAAACAGAUGUGUUUAUGCAAAUACCUAGAAAGAGUUCAGUUCUUAGUGAUAAUCAGAUGCUUAACAAUCCAGAGAAAUUCUUUGAGUGUACUGAGUGUGGAAAAACUUUCAGACAGAACAGAGCUCUCUCUCAGCACCAAAGAAUUCAUGUUGUUGAAAAGCCCUAUGAGUGUAGUGAAUGUGGAAAAGCUUUCAAUCAGCACUCUGUCCUCAGCAAACAUCAGAGAAUUCAUGCUGGUGAGAAACCCUACACAUGUGAGGAAUGUGGUAAAACGUUCAGUGCUCAUUCAUACUUUAUUCAGCAUUGUAAAAUUCACACUGGAGAAAAACCCUUUGAGUGUAACGAAUGUGGGAAAGCCUUUAGUAUACGUUCAUCUUAUAUUCAACAUCUAAAAAUUCAUACAGGAGAGAAACCUCAUGAGUGUAAUCAGUGUGGGAAAGCCUUUAGUCAUAGCUCUAAUCUGAUUCAUCAUCAGAGAAUUCAUAGUGGAGAGAAACCUUACAAGUGUGAAGAAUGUGGGAAAACCUUCAGCAGGCAGUCACACCUUGUUCAGCAUCAGAGAAUUCAUUCUGGAGAGAAACCUUAUGACUGUAGUGAGUGUGGCAAAGCCUUCAGUGCACGAUUAUCUCUCAUUCAACAUCAGAGGAUUCAUACAGGAGAAAAACCCUAUGAGUGUAAUGAAUGUGGAAAGUCCUUUGGCCUGAACCGAACCCUUAUUGUCCAUCAGAGAAUUCACACUGGAGAGAAACCAUAUAGGUGUAAUGAGUGUGGAAAAUCCUUCAGUCAGCGCUCACAAGUUAUUCAACAUAAGAGAAUUCACACUGGAGAGAAGCCCUAUGUUUGCAAUGAAUGUGGAAAAUCAUUCAGUGCUCGCCUAUCCCUUAUCCAGCAUCAGAGAAUUCACACUGGCGAGAAGCCUUAUGGAUGUAGUGAGUGUGGGAAAACCUUCAGUCAAAAGGGACAUCUUAUUCAGCAUCAGCGAAUUCACACUGGAGAGAAACCCUAUGAAUGUAGUGAGUGUGGAAAAGCCUUCAGCCAGAGUUUUAAUCUUAUUCACCAUCAGAGAAUACACAAUGGUGAGAAGCCCUAUGAAUGUAACGAAUGUGAUAAAGCCUUUAGUGUGCUUUCUUCCCUCGUUCAACAUCAGAGAGUACAUAAUGGAGAGAAACCCUAUGAGUGUCACAAAUGUGGGAAGGCCUUUAGCCAAGGCUCACAUCUUAUUCAGCAUCAGAGGAGUCACACUGGUGAAAAACCCUAUGAGUGUAAUGAGUGUGGGAAAACCUUUGGACAGAUAUCUACCUUGAUUAAGCAUGAGAGAACACACAAUGGAGAGAAGCCCUAUGAGUGCAGCGACUGUGGUAAGGCCUUCAGCCAGAGUGCUCACCUUAUCCGCCACCGAAGAAUUCACACUGGAGAGAAUCCUUACAAGUGUAGUGACUGUGGUAAGGCCUUCAAUGUUCGCUCCUCUCUCAUUCAGCAUCACAGAAUUCAUACUGGGGAGAAACCUUAUGAAUGUAGUGAGUGUGGCAAGGCCUUUAGUCAGCAUUCACAGUUUAUUCAGCAUCAGAGAAUUCAUACUGGAGAGAAACCAUACAUGUGCAAUGAAUGUGAGAAAUCCUUCAGUGCACGCUUAUCCCUUAUCCAACACAAGAGAAUUCACACUGGAGAGAAACCCUAUGAGUGCGCUGAAUGUGGGAAAUCCUUCCGACAAAGCUCUCACCUUAUUCGACAUCAGAGAAUUCACAGUGGAGAGAGGUCUUAUAUAUAUAACCAAUGUGGAAAGACUUUUAAUCAAGGAAUAAUUCUUACUAGUCAUGAGAAAGUCCAUAAACCUCAUGUUAGAGGGCAACCCUAUAAAUGUAGUAGGUGUGGGGAGCUCUCUACUGCCCAGUCAGCCUUCACUCAACAUUGUGCAGUUCACAGUGGAGAGUGACAGAUUUCUUAAUAAAUUCGUCACUAUUUUACAUCA